UGAAAGAAAUUGUAAAAAUGAAAAAGUAAACUUGAAUUACAAACAAGAGGAAAUAAAAUUGAAACAACUACAAAUUGUAAAAAUAAACAUAAAAUUCAAUAGGCCUAGAAUCCGAUACUGCAGAAGAAAAAGCACUCUGCAUGCAAUUAGCUCAACGUAUAAACGACCACUUUGAAUAUAUCAAACCUUUUUUACCCGUAUUGGCAGAACAGUGUUUCUGGCCGUGUAUUAUUGAAGAUUUUGGUGCUGUAUUUGAACGACAAUUGGAAAUAAAUAAUACUGGAUAUUUAAUUACUUGGAUAGAUUUUUAUGCAGCCUCAUUUUCUGACUUGGCUUUGACUUAUGGAAGGGAGGAUAUGUUGGAUAGAUUUCCAAGAGUGUUGCACCAUUGUAGAGGUGAAAAAAGAAUUUUUUUUAGUGUUCGGCAAAUGAAUUUUUUCAAUACCAAUACCAGUACUACCGAAAAGUACUGGUAUUGAAAAGUACCGACAAAAAAUUUUCGGUACUACCGCGGUACUUCGGUACUCACAGUAAAAUGGCAUAAUAUGCAAUUAUAUCAUCGUAUAAGCAUUUUUAUUGCCUAUAUUUGACCCAGAAUUAAAUCUAGGAGAUGAGUAUACUUGAAACAAUUAAACUAGUCAGGAGAUUUGAAGGAUAUCGGGUUUAAAGCAGGAUUAAGGAGGAUAUGAUUUGUAGAGCAAUCCUCACAAUCCAUCGAUAGCUUUACCAAAUUCAUAUAUCUAUAGCCCUCUUACCCGCUCCUCCUUCCAAUUUCUUCAUAUGACUCUUAUCCACAAAAUCAUAGUCACCAAUAUCACUUUUAUCCACCUUUUAAUCUUUGAUAUCCCUCUUAACCUCAAAUCCCUUUUCUAAAAA